CGCAUUCUCUUGAAACGUCAAUAUGGCUACCGAUUUGGUAACUUUUUGAGAAUACUUUAAAAGAAUUCGGUAAAGUUCACUUUAGUGGCCUUAGCAAAAGUGAUCUCUAAAGAAAAAUUGAAGUUUCUGCUAUUCCUUAGUUUUCGUGCAAAUCAGAUCCUCAAUUACCAAUGUAAAUGUGUAUUAUUUAGUAUUUGGAGAACAUUCUGAGUCAUGAUAACACCAACCUUGCUUAUUUUUAAAAGUGACAUAUUAUUAACAUUAGAAAAAAAUAAAAGUUUUUCCUUGAAAGAAGGAAUAUUGUCAAGUUAAUGUGGAUAAUUCUAAGUUUAUGUUAAACAUAACAUGAUGAGAGGCAGACCACCUAAACGAGGAAGAAUUUAUCGAAAUAACACUGACAAUAAGGUGCAGAGGCUUAACUACAGCGAUGGUGAAUAUAUAAGGAACAGCCCCAAUAAUAAGUUGUUGGAAAAAGAUGAUUCUGCAUUAUCAGCAGUUGACAAAAGUACAGCUGAACCAAGUGUUCCGGAACUUAGAGCUGGUUCUAAACGUGCUGCCAGUAAGGUGGCUAUGAAACAACUGCAAAAAUUAUCAAAAAGUAUUUUAAAUGAUAAAGUGGACGAAGAAGGAGAAACUUUAGAAAUAUUAUCAGAUGCUGAUGAUGAGUUCGUGCCUGAUUUUCAAGCAACAUCAACAAAGAAAACAUAUAAAGUAUCGCAAAGGAAGUCUUCAGAUGGAAACGAACGAGAUAUUUUGGUUUUUAAAAGUUUAAAUUCCGGCAGCACAUUGAAUUUGGAAUGCUGGACGGAAGAACUAAGCGCAGCACAACUGGAGAUGAGAUCUCGCAGACAACGAGAGUAUUUGGAAAUGUCUGAUAAAAUUGAAUCUCUUAUUAAAAAGACCGGCGCGGAAAUAAUCUACGAAGGGUUUUCGUUUACCGCUUUCGAAAUUGAAAGUGCACCAACGACAUGUGCGACUGUCCCGGUCUCAAUUUUACCAUCCACCAGCCAGCAACCAUCAAUACCAAUAGCAACCGCUUCCACCUUGGUUCCUACAGCUAUGAUCACUCCUACGCCCGUUGCUAUACAACCUGCUGUAACUGCAGUAACGAAACCACCACCACCUCCGUCGGCAACUGCUACUGCAACCACCCCGUUUUCUCUAGUACUGGACGCAAGGUCUGGUCAAGUUGUGGGAACAGUAACACAAGCCAGCAGCUCACCAGUUCUUGGUUCUACCAGUCUGAAGACAAGGAAGCGCGGCAGAGCUGCUACGAAUUCCCCGACACCUACGAAAGUAGCUAAAAUGUCUAACGUGUCUCAACCUCCGCCCUUAGUUGCGCUUAGGGAUGAUCCGAAUAUGAUAGUUCCAACUAAAGUACAAGCAAUCGCUCCAAAACCGACACAGGCUUCAUCAUCAUCAUGUACAUCUCCGUCUCCAUCUGUCGCUGUUGUCGAUCUUACUUCAGAGGAUUCGAUCACCAAAGCACCACCAGCCGAUAGCCGAGAAGUUGCUUUUAAUAAACUCGCUGGUAGAACUUUUCCGUCGCUUGUGGUAAUGGCAAGGCCCCAUUUACGUGUAUCACCAACUUCUGGUUCUGCUGCGGAUCGUACCAGACUCGACCAGAAAGUGAAGGCAGUUUUGACGCAUUCAGUGACGAAAUUUACCGAGUGGCUACUUCAGCAAGGUAUUAUAAGAGCAGAACAGUCUUGCUCGGUGCACAAUUCUAAAUUGAAGCUGGGCAUGUAUAGCGAGUUGUAUAAAUUUCCAUUUUCGGGCGGCUACGUUUGGAUCUCCGAGUGUUGUCCGUUGAAAUUUACCUCCGUCUUUCAAGGAUCUUUAUUCGAAUCUACGCCGCACGCACCGAGCGUUAUACUAAAACUAAUUUAUCAUUGGUGUUGUCAAACUAACGUGCAAAAUGUUGUUCAGUGGGUGAGGGUUGAGAAUUUGUAUGUGAAAGGUCUAAAUACUUGGCUGAGGUCUGUAUGCACUGUUGCCCUGCAUACGCACAUAGAACGACUCGGAGGUCCUGGAAUUAAAGUAGAAAUUGGCGUAAUAUCUUUGGGAACAACCACUCAGGACGGACAACAGCGACAGGUGAAAGUGGAAGUGCUCGGUAUUUUAGAGUGUGGCAGUAAAAAGUUACGGUUAAGAGCUGUAGAACCUUUAACCGAAACCGAACGGAACUAUAGAAAACGUUUUAACAAAAUUUUGGAACCGUUAACCGCGUGGGUUCAUCCGUCCAGUAUAAUUGUGACGGAUUUAACGGUGGAUAAAGGAACGCUGCACGCCCUAGGUUUCCUAAACGUGCAACAAACAAAUUCGGCGCCUGGCAAUCAACAGAUCAUGGAAUAUUUGAGAAAAAUUGUACCGCGAAUGUUCCAAAAUACGUUGUCGCUUCUAUCACGGCAGAUUAUUCAACAAUUUUUAGAUGAGUUGGUAUGGCGAGAGUGGUAUGGUACUACAGCUGCUGAAGCAUUCGAUAAUCUCAUGAUCCACCUUGCCGAACAAACGAAAGUUGAUACUGGACAUUCUCUGAUUCAGAGACUAAAUAAGGUCUCGAGUUAUCCUUUUAAAAAUUGGAGUAUUUUUACUUAUUUGGCUUCACAUAAGCCGUUACCUCCUAUGGAACAUCAAAUUAAAAGGCAACGGCGCAAACAAAACUUCCCGAAAUCGGGAAGUCCGACCUUCGAACUCGUCAAACCGAACAGAUCCACGACUCCACUUGACAUUCCUGAGCAGAUGGUCCCGUUGGAACAUUACUAUUAUGGCACGAUAGAGGCGGGACUGAAAGAAAAACCAGAACAUUUUGAUCAAAUCCUCAAGUGCUUAAUAUGCAAGCAACAAGUUUCUAAUAACAUCGAAUUGAUGUUGCACUAUUUCAAACAUGCCCAAAACAUAUCGAUGUGCAGCACUCAGUGUCAUUACUGUUUAGCUGUACCGUCUGCGAACGAAGACAUUGAGACUCAUAUCCAACAGCAGCAUCCCAAUACCACGAAAGUCGGAAGUUCGUUCGUUUGCAUCAUUUGUGAGAGCAGUUUCCCGAACGUCUACGAUUUAGGAAAGCAUCUAUCCAAGAUCCACGGUCCAUCUGAGCUGCCUUACCAAUGCGAUUCUUGUUUAUACCGAUGUUCCAAUCAUAAGCAAAUCAUCGACCAUUUCCAUCAGGUCCACAAACACGAAUCUAUUCUGCAAUGUCCUUACUGCAUCAAAACCGUGUCUUUACUGUAUAAUGGACGUUUCAGUACUCAGCAAUUGUCGUCCUUCCUGAACCAUCUGCAGAAACACAGUAAGAAAUCGGUAGCGAAAAAAUGCACAAAGUGUGCAUUAUCGUUCGUGUUGAAGGACGAUUAUAAAGAGCACAUUAAGAUGCACAUUUCACUUAAAAAGGAUGUCGAUCUAAUGCCGUGGCCCAUAAACGGAAUCUUAGCACCAAAGUGUGUAAAGGAUUACGAGAUAGUCAAAGUGGAUAUAUCCAAUGUGACCAUUGAUGCACCCGAAAAUACCAAAUGCAAGGAGUGCGGGAUCGACCUCACUACUGUCUCACAUUUCCCUGGAGUUCUAUCUUGCACGAAUGACAAUUGUCGUUACAUUACUUGCUGCAAGAUAUCUAUGGACAAUCAUGAAAGUCUCUGCAACAUUGUGUCAUUACCAAUACCAUACAUGAAAUUGCCCUUCAAGAUGUAUUGCGUUUGCGAUUAUACUUCAAAUGAUGGUAACGAUAUGGCAAAACAUUUAGCAGUUUGUGAACGGAGAUCAGCGUAUCCCACUCAGGAAGCAGCAAAAACUGCGACAGUGACGCACAGCAUGCUAGAUGUGCUUGGACUUAUCAGAAAGCCGGAAGAAGCGCUUGUGGAUAUCGAGCCGCUGGUUAGGAGUAGUAAAGAUGAAGAUGACGAAUAUAAAAUGGACAAAGACGUGAGGGACGCUCGAGCUGAUGAGAUUCUCCUUAUAGAGGACAAUCCUGCCAAAUUGAUAGAACUCCGACCUGACGAUCUUGAAGAAAAUAAGACUGAGGAUGUAUUAAAUGGCGGUGAUGACCUCGAGGAAACAGAAACUGUAGAUGUUAUCCGCCCCGAAAAGGAUGACAUGAUUAUGGAACCGAUGGAGAUCUCGACGGAUCCAAUAAGCAACGACGAUGAACUUGCAACAACAAUAACAGAGUCACUAGAUGCUCCGCCUCUUCUUGAUCCUAUAGCCACCGUUUAUGUUGAAACACCGCCCACAGCGGAUGCUGAUAAAUCUAUUGAUGCUGAUAUCUCUGAUCUUGCUGACACUUCUGUUGAUGCGCUGGCGAAGGACGCUGACACCACGGUCGAUGCUGAAACAACUGCAGAUGAUGUAUCUAAUCCACUAAGCGAUACAACCACACCAUUGGUUGAAACUAUGGUAACGGAAAGUAAUAGUCUAACGGAAACCGCCGACGACGAAGAGUCGGCCGAUGUCGAUAAACAGAAAACCUAAUUUAUUUUAUGAAAUAAAUAACUGUAUAGCUUUAGUUUAUAAGGUUAUUACUUUUUUGUUUGUUUUUAUAUUAUACAUAUAUAAAUAUAUUUACCUAAUGUUAAUUGUAUAAACUAUUAAGGUUUCUUGAACUAAAAACAAAACGUAAUUAAAAGCGGAUCUUUAUUGAUGAAAAAUAUAAGAA